UUUAUUAUGUCGUGUUCGAAUGGGCAACACGUCAAUAGAUCAAAUAGUAACAGAUACGGAAACUGUUUUGAGUGUGGUGUUGCAAGAAUUGGAUCCGGGUGGUGCACUUGCGAUAUUGGUGCUCUAGUGAAUAAUUUUAGUAAUUGGACAAGUGGAAAUAAAGACCUCGAUUAUGUAAUCCAGGAAACUCAAAAGAAUGCCACCGAGAGCAUUGACUUCUUUGAGUGGAUUUCGUGGGAUCAACUCAUUCUUACUGAGUAUUUAGGAAAGGGAUCAUUUAGCACUGUUUAUUCAUCAUAUUGGAUUGAAGGACCUCGAUGGAUUUGGGAUGAAGAAAGCGAAGACUGGACGAGAAAUGGACCUAUUAAGGUUGCUAUAAAAAGAAUUGAUAAUUCUCAUAAUAUAACCAAAGAAUAUUUAAAUAAGAUUCUAAAACAUCACAGAUGCAUUCAAAGCGGUUCUGUCGCAGAUUGUUUUGGAAUGACACGAGAUACCACGGGGUGUUACGCGUUCGUAAUGAGGUUCUAUGAAAAUGGAAAUCUCUACCAAUAUCUCGAUCAUGUUAUGGGCAUUCUUUGUUGGAGGGACAUUAUUGAUAUGCUUUGGGGAAUUUCUGGCGGUUUGGAUCAAAUUCAUAAGGAUGGUCUUUGUCACGGAAAUCUUCAUGGUGGGAACCUAUUGGUGGAAAAUGAACCAGAAUCUAUUGAUACAAGAAUUGCUGACUUAGGAGAUUGGGUCACGGCCAUCUGUGAUGAUCCAGACCCAUCACCACUUUCGGAUCAAUUCGAUGCAGCUGAAGAAAAAAAAUUUGCAAACUUAGAAAGUAAAAUAUUCGUUCCACCAGUUAUUCAUUCUCAGGCAAAAUACACCAGCCAACCAUUACAUUUUCCUGAAUUACGAGUCUAA